AUGGACGGCUAUCCUCCUGGAAGUCUCGAUCCCAGCGUGCCGUUUCUGAUCGCAUCUGGGCUCGUGGACUUGCCAACCGGCCGUUCUUCCGAAAAUCAAGACGAGGGCUCUCAGGGAACCACGUUAACAUCCGAGAUCCCGGCCGUUACAGGCGAGAAUGCAGAGGUCCUCCACAGCUAUCUGGCAAGCAUUGACGCUACCCAGCCACCAUGGUCAUUCGGGGACAAGAAGCGUCCCCCCUCUUCUACCCUGUAUCCGGAUGGCCUCAUCAACACUGAUUGGCUUCAGAAGCACCAAGAACGCGUUCCCAGUGUCUAUCUGUGCUUUUAUACGCUCACCUCGGACCAAGGCCGAGCAACGCUCCUCGACAACCAGCUCAAGACCGAUAUCAAUGCCAUCAAGGCUGAAAUUGCGAAAUCGGGCUACAAGACUAAACUAGCCGUUGCGCUCAUGAGCGAAACGGCGCCCCUACCGCAAUCCCUCACCCAGAGUAUCCAGGAACGCCUGGAAAACAUUCGCAAGGGAACUGGGCUCGAUACGGGACGGUCCAUCUUUUACAUUGCGCCUAGAGAGUCACCCGAAGAGCUUACGCAAGCUGCCGAUACGAUCCUCACGGCUCUUUACCCGCAGUCGAUAGAAUACUACCGAGAUCUAGGCCGUCAUUCAAGGAAGAAGAAGGGCCGAGGCAUCACGCCUCAACCCACCAUCCCCCACUUCCGGAACCUCCCAAACCCUUUCCUUAUCUGGUUGGCAAGUGAGAGUUUCGUCAGGAAGCUGAGGCUGCUAUGCGAGCCUACGAGCAGGCAUACGACGGGUUGCUAG